CAGCAGCAGGACAGACCAGCAAUCACAAGGCACCUUUGAGAACUUCAGGAUGCAGAUGUCUACAGUCUGCCUUGCCCUGGGCCUGGCCCUUGUCUUUGGUAAAGCAUCAGCCUCCUACCUCCACGAGACUCGGGCAGCGGAACUGGCCACAGACUUCGGAGUGAAAGUGUUUAAGCAGGUGGCACAGGCCACCAAGGACCGCAACAUGGUUUUCUCCCCCUAUGGGGUGGCCUCUGUCCUGGCCAUGUUGCAGCUGACCACAGCAGGAGAGACCCGGCAGCAAAUCCAAGAGGCCAUGCGGUUCAAGAUUGAUGAGAAGGGCAUGGCACCUGCCCUCCGCCAACUGUACAAGGAACUCAUGGGGCCAUGGAACAAGGACGACAUCAGCACUGCGGAUGCCAUCUUUGUCCAGCGGGAUCUGAAGCUGGUUCACGGCUUCAUGCCCUACUUCUUCAGGCUGUUCCGAACCACAGUCAAGCAGGUGGACUUCUCAGAGGUGGAGAGAGCCAGGUUCAUCGUCAACGACUGGGUGAAGCGACACACAAAAGGCAUGAUUGGCGACCUGCUGGGCAGAGGGACUGUGGACCAGCUGACGCGCCUGAUGCUGGUGAAUGCCCUCUACUUCAACGGCCAGUGGAAGACCCCCUUCCCCAAGUCGGGCACCCACCACCGCCUCUUCCACAAAUCUGAUGGCAGCACCGUCUCCGUGCCCAUGAUGGCUCAGACCAACAAGUUCAACUACACCGAGUUUUCUACCCCCGACGGCCAUUAUUAUGACAUCCUGGAACUGCCCUAUCACGGAGACACGCUCAGCAUGUUCAUUGCUGCUCCCUAUGAAAAAGACGUGCCCCUUUCUGCCCUCACCAACAUCCUGGAUGCCCAACUCAUCAGCCAGUGGAAAGGGAAUAUGACCAGACGGCUCCGCCUCCUGGUUCUGCCCAAGUUCUCCCUGGAGAGCGAAGUCAACCUCCGGGGACCCCUGGAGAACUUGGGGAUGACUGACAUGUUCAGGCCAAACCAGGCAGACUUCUCCAGUCUUUCAGAUCAAGAGGCACUGUACGUGUCCCAGGCGCUGCAGAAAGUAAAGAUUGAGGUGAACGAGAGCGGCACGGUGGCGUCCUCCUCUACAGCCAUCAUCGUCUCAGCCCGAAUGGCCCCCGAGGAGAUCAUCAUGGACAGACCCUUCCUCUUCGUGGUGCGGCACAACCCCACAGGAGCGGUUCUUUUCAUGGGCCAAGUGAUGGAACCCUGACCGCAAGAGCAGCAGCCCUCGUCUGGGACAGAACUGGAGAUACAUCCAAGAAGAAGGAACUCUAAAGGAAAAAAAAAAUAUUUUAAUUAAUCUUUCUGGAGAAAAAGAAGGCAUUUGCCCUUUAGGGAAA